GAGUGGGUGUGGAAUUUGGUGGAUUUCUGGGGGAUUCUGGGUAGAUGUGGGGGGAGGGAACGUCCCACUCCCCCAAAUAUUGUUUUAACCCUCCUACGAUGUUGUCAUCCACACUCAAAUCAAAUUUGCUGCCUGAGGUGGAUAGUUUGUGGACUGUUGUUGUGAUUUCAUGCGAGAGUUAUUCCAAGUUGAAAAUAGAUUUUGAGCUCUGGCGAAACGUUUCAACGUUAUGUGGUCAAGUACAUAUGAUGGAGAAGGAGAUCAACAACAACAACAGAGAAAAGAACAAGAAGAACAUAAACAGGAAUAUGAGCAAGAAAUGAGAGGAAGGAGUGGGGAUUUACCUUUCUACAAUGAGAUGAGAAGCAACCGCAUUAUGUCACAGAUUUAGAGCACGAAGUGAUGACCUACAAUUCGCCGCGCUAAGCCUCCUCUUUAAUUUCUCAAUUAUCCUGAUCGUCAUCGCUGUUGACACGUUAUCAAUUAUGUCAGCUUAACAGACCGCAAAAAUGUCAUUUGGCAACAGAAAUGUCAUCAAUCAUUACGAUCUUUGUAGGUCGGUGAGAUUGAAUGAGGAUUCAUACUGCAAAUAAAUAGCCUAGUAUAACCCCGGUUUUGGAACGUAAGGUGGUGUGACAAAAUGGCAAUGUAAAUUAAAAGCUAGUUCUUC